AUGAUGCACAGAUUUGGAAGAUCGGUACCUGAGCUAAGUUUAAUAGCCUCAGAAGUAACUGAUUUCAUGUUCGAAAACCACGGUCAUCUUUUGCGAACAUUUUAUCAACAAUGGCUGGAACCAGAUUGCCUUGUAGAGUUUGCAAAUGCUAUCCACAUUCACGGUGCAGCAUUGACAAACUGCUGGGGUUUUGUUGACGGAACUGUCAGACCAAUUGCUCGCCCAAAUCAGCAUCAGCGAACUGUUUACAACGGACAUAAACGGGUUCAUGCGAUAAAAUUUCAGUCCGUUGUUGCACCAAAUGGGCUUAUUGCAAAUCUUUACGGACCAGUAGGUAAGUUUAGUGUUUAUAAUUUAUCACUAUCUUUGUCGCUUUAGCAAAACUCGAACAUUCUCAAUUGCAAAAUUAAAUGUCGAUUGUCACCUGCCAAGUAACUGCCAAGUAUAUUUAAAGUUAAAACUUGAAAAAAUCUUUGGAAUUCAAAAAUAGGUUUUGGGGACAAACCCUGAUUCGCUAAAUAUUAUUCUAAUUGCAAUCCACUAGACAAACAGAUGGUUUGUUCACAAAUCUAUGAUAUUUAUAUCUAUGAUACUAUUUUCCACUGGAGCAGCACACUUCCACUUUGGAAUAUAUGUUUUGCCAAAUUGUUGUCAAAUCAACCUGAAAUGAUGUCAUUGAACAUAAUUUCUCAUGCCAAUCAAAUUACCUUAUGUUAUUAUGAUCUUUUAUCUUUAUUAUGUAUUAUGUAUUAUAACCAGAUAGUUUUAAUUAAUUGUUCUGUCAAUAUAGAGGGAAAAAGACAGACAGACGCAGGCAUGCUUAGAAUGUCAGGUUUACUGGAGUCUUUGGAAACCCAUUGCAACACAGCAGCUGGUGAACCUCUUUGA